AUGCAAUUGAAAUUAGUUAUUACACUCAUUGUUGGUGUUUUGUUUAUGUCCACCUUGGAUGCCGCCAGGCUUAGAAAGAGAGAUGAUAUUUGUACUAAUAAUGUACAUCAUUUACCACCUACAAAUGGUCACCAAAUUGAAACUGGUUCAUGUUCAUCAACAGUUCAAGGCGAAAUUCCUGCAGCAAGUAAAAUGCCAUCAACUAUAAUCGUAACACCUGGUAAUGGUGCAAUAAUUCCGGCCAAGCAAGCUUUCGAUAUUGAAGUUGUAGUGGAAAAUGUUGUAACUGGCAGUUUCUCAGACCCUAAGACGGCUUACUACACAAAACCACAAGCUAUUAGCGAUGAUGGUCUUAUCAUUGGUCAUUUACACGUUGUAGUUCAAGAACUCCCACUAAAAUCGGGUAUUCCAUUGAAUCCAACUGAAUUUGAAUUUUUCAAAGGUUUAGAAGAUGCUGGAUCUUCAGCCGGAGCUGGUCUUAUUGGUCUUUCGACAACAGUAGAUGAAGGAUUAUCGGCUGGAGCUUAUCGCUUAUGUACUCUCAGUGGUACAGAAACUCAUCAACCUUGGAUCAUGCCGGUUGCUAAACGCGGUUCUCAAGAUGAUUAUCUUUGUUUAUAA